AUGGAAGGCUUGGCGGGCCUCUUUACUGAUAGUGCUAGUUCUGGUAAACUGGCCAAUUUUUCACUCACGGACUUUGGAACUAAUCUAAAAAAAGCCAAGGUCUCUUUUGGUAAUGUCAAUUUAGGCAUUUAUAAACAAGGCAAAAGAAAACUACCCAAGCCAAUUUUUCACGACCAAGAGUCCGAAAAAGAGCUUUAUAAUUUGGUUUCACAACUCAAAUAUAAAGGUCAUUAUUACGCUUCUUUACGCAAUUUCAAGAACAGUAUAAUAAUGAAUUUCACCGCUGAGGAUUUUGCCCGCGGUCUUUAUUUUUCUACUUUUACUUUUAAUAACUUUCAAAAAGAACUAAAAUUUUCCUUUACCCUAGGAACUACCAAAGGGAAAAACUGCCCUUUCCCCAAUUGUCAACAACCCCAUUUUUACCAAACUGUCCCUAUCGCCACCAGCUCCUUUUUAGCCGAAAAGAAAACCGCUAAAAAAAGAUUAGACCGAGAUUUGGAGGGAGUUAAUGACUUAUUUGCUUACGCUCUCCGCUUUAUUCAUGAGCAUUGA